AUGGAAAAUUGUAAUGACGAAAAUGGAGCUGGUGGCGAUUCAGCCGCGCCAAAGGAGGAACCCUCGCAGGAUAGUCUUAAAACUGGAUUUAUACCAUAUGUGGGCAACAGCAACAACAAUAGACGAAAUGUUAAGGAAAAGCUGCCGCACAUAUUUGAUUUGCGUAGUAAAUUGAGGAAAGAUAAAUUGCAAAAGAAGUUAAAGGAUAUGCCCCAGGGCAAGGCUAAAAACGACAUCGAACUACAACUGGAGCAAAGCGAUAAAUGUCUGCAGGAACUUUUGGAUUUUGGCAAUGAACUGGUCAACAACAUCAAGGCGGCCAAUGAGCAGCAGGAGUUGCUGCAGUGUCGCAGUAAGAAGCAGAGAGAGGAGGCCCUCCAUCAAACCCUGCGCACUGAGGCCGCCGAAACUUUGAAACUUUUCGAUGAAAUCAAUGCCAAAUGGUUGGAAAUGAAUGAAAUGCGUGAACCCAUGGCGAUAUUCGAAGAAAUGCAAAAACAACGCGAAAAUAUAGCACAAAUGAUGAGCAGCAAGGAUGAACUGAUAGAAAAAUGCCAGGAAGAAUUACGAAGGAUCAAUGCAAAAUACGAUGCCGAUCAACAGAAACAAUCGCAGGAUGUCUGCUUCCUGGUCGAACGUAUCGACGAUCAAAUUGAAUUAUUAAAAAAAUCCUAUAAGGAAAAUCUCUAUGAGCUGCAGGAGGCCAUAGAUACGGAAAAGAAAAAGUUGCAUCAGGCCUCACAGGAUAAAUGGUCGCGAAUGUAUACCGACUUAACCCUAAAAGAGGAAGAGAAAAUGGAGCUGGUAAAGGAGAAGCAGGAACUAUAUUCUCAAGAAUUAGAGAAGAUCCGCACCAAACAGGAAGAGAUAACAAGGGCCACCAGGAUACGCCUGGAAAAGGAUGCUGAAAUGUUGGAAUUGGAAAUACGAAAGACCCGAGCGAAUAUUUUGAUUAAUUCGGAAAAAAUCGAUUACAAUUAUCAGGUGCUGCAGAAGCGUAACGAAGAGAACAUCAUUAUUAAUAAUCAACAAAAACGUAGAGUUGCCAAGUUCAAUGAAUCGAUUGUGUUGUUGAAGAGGAAAUUGGAAUCGAUGAAGCAAAGCAAUCGCCAGGUUAUGGAGCGAUAUACGGAAGAGAUACAGAAGCUACAUGCCAGCAUAAAUGAACUGCAGCUGAAAUCGGAACAUUUUCGUAAGAGUAAUAGAAAUAAGUUCACCAAAGUCUGGGCAAUGCAUUUCAAGGAAAUCAAGGAUCUACUCAACAGUGUUUGGGAUGUGGAUAGGAUUUUAUAUGAACAGCAGCUUGGAAGGAAGUGGGAGAGACCAGCCAUCGACAUGGAGGCAUUGGAUUAUACCAAACCAAAGGGGAAGGCUCCCGCCUCAUAUGGCCGCCAGCGACGCCCAUUGCCUUCAGGCAGUCGCAAACCCCAGGCCAAACAAGUCAAUCAAAGACAAUUGCAGGAUAUUUUACAAAAAAUCUCAGAUCGUGCAGGAUUUUUGAUUGAAGAGCGUCUGCUGGAAAUAUUGAAACCCUAUACGGAUGAGGAAAAAUGUUUGGUGCGAAUUGAGAAUAUAUUUGCGGCCUUAAAUAUAACCGACAUGGCUGUGGUCAAUAGUUUAAUAUCAUAUUUCGAGCCGUAUUCAUGGUGUCCAAAUUGUUCGGAAGGUAUCAAUCAGAAGUCCUUAAAGAGCUUAUAUUCAUUUAAGGCCAAAGAGGAGGAAAAUUCUCCAGAAAGUUCGGAGGCCUCCCCUGAGUCUGCCUGUUCCAAUCACAUUUUGGUCAUGGAACCGGCCUUGGUUUUGACAGCUCUCAAUGAGUUUACCAGCCAACAGAUGAGAGCAAAAUCCGCUAAUGGCAAGGAUCACAAGAGGGAUCUAUGUCUGGAAACGGAAAUGGACCUGCUGGCCUUGGAUGAGCAGCACAUACUCAGCUAUUGGCAACAAUUCAGCAAGUUUAUGCCUCAGGAUAAACAAAAUCUAUGGAAAACUAUCGAACAUGGCCUCAAUCAUUAUUUGGAGGUAUUGAAGAAACGUUCGCAGCUGGAUGGCGAAUGUGUAUUUUUACAAAAACAAAAUUCCGAAUUGAAAUAUCUACUGCAGAAAUUGUAAAA